AAAAAAAAAGGAAGAAAUUGAAUUGAUUUCAAUCUUUACCAACAAAUUCUGAUGAAAUUCUUCGAUGAAAAAAAAUUUUAAUAAAGAGAAAAAAUUUAAUUAACUUCAAAUUUUUUUUCUUCAAAAAAUUGUCACGACGAAAAGAUUCGAAAUUUUUCGAACGAACGAAAUUGAAUAAAAAAGAUAUUGAAUUAAGUUUCAAUUUUUAUCAAAGAAAAAGUUGACGAAAAAAUACGAAACUUUUCCAUGAACAGAGCUAAACGAAGAACAUUGAAUUAAUAUCAAUCUUUUUCCAAAAGUCUUGAAGAAAAGAUUCGAAAUUUUACGAAAUGAAUAAAAUGAAAUAAAGGAAAAAAAAAAUUCUGAAUUAAUUUCCAUAUUUUUAUAUUAAAAAAUACUGUUGACGAGAAGAUUCGAAAAAAUUCGGGACUUGUCGAUGAACCAAAUGAAAUAAUAAAUGUAAAUAAAUGAAAAAAAUGGGUUGUCUAAAAAAUGAAGAGAAAAAAAAAUCGUAGAGAUGAACUUGAAACGAGAUGUAAUAUCUCAUCAUAUCAUGGACCGCGAGUGGAUGAUCGAUCGAGCCCUGCGCGUUCGAGGGAUGCUGGCCAUAUUCCCCGAUCUUCCAAUCCCAGUAGCGAACAACCCUCCCUUGGUCAAUGCGACGAUUAAGGGUUUUGUGAUUAGGAACUCGACGAUCACCCAUAGACCGCCAUGCUCUCGUUGUGUUCCUCUUAGUUUAGUCAAAUCAUUUUCAAAUUCAUUUUCUUCUUAUUCCAUUCAUGGAUCUUUAUUCUCGAAUUAAGGAUCAAUUUUUAGAUUAGUUUCCUUGGCAAUCGUUUUUUCCUUAUAUAACGAGAAGAGGACCGACCGACUGAUCGUGUCUUCUUCAAGAAGAAGAAGAAGAAGAAGAAGAAGAAGAAGAAGAAGAAGAAGGUUCAACCUUUUCAUUUGAUUUCAUCGGAGAAAGAAGAAAUAAUUCGAUUUUUUUAUAUCAAUAUACUAUAUGAUACUCUAAUCGAUAACUCAUCGAAUUCGAAUCGUCCUAGAUUCGAAAAAAUAUCUUUCAAGAUGACUAGUUUUCGAGGAUUUUAUAUACCGUCCUUUGGGGCGACAGUUAACGUUGCUUGGGAGACAUUAAAAGCUAAAUGGCCAGAAAAUAGUCCAUGUAUGGAAUUAAUUCGUGGUACCGGUAUGACUGGUCAAGGUGAUCCUCAAGCUCGUACCGGUGAUUUUAAAUCGUUUGGAGAAGGCGAGGAUAAUACUGAGAUGACGACAAUGAAUGGUGAACAAGCAUAUAGGGAACAGAAUAAUGUUGCUAUUGCUGAGGAUUCAUUUAGUUAUCAAAGAAAUGGAGAUAAAGCUAGAACAGGAAGUUUGAGCAGUGGAGAAUUCAGCGAAUAUGACGAGGGUGGCGGUGAAUUUGGUGGAUCUGGUGUGAAGAUUAAUGAAUGGCAAGCAGCGUGGAAUGUUACCAAUGCUAUUCAGGGAAUGUUCAUCGUAUCUCUACCAUUUGCAGUCCUACGAGGAGGUUAUUGGGCAAUCGCAGCAAUGGUCGGUAUAGCACAUAUUUGCUGUUACACUGGUAAGAUUCUCGUCGAGUGUCUAUAUGAGUUCGACACAGUAACAGGUCAACGUGUUAGGGUACGAGAUUCUUACGUAGCCAUUGCUAAAGAAUGUUUCGGUCCAAGAUGGGGUGCAAGGGCAGUCAACAUUGCACAAAUAAUAGAAUUGUUGAUGACCUGCAUCUUAUACGUUGUUGUAUGUGGUGAUUUAAUGAUCGGUUCUUUUCCCGAAGGUGCUAUCGACACGAGAAGUUGGAUGAUGCUAAUAGGGAUAUUUUUACUUCCUCUUGGCUUUCUCAAAUCUUUGCAACAUGUAUCGAUGCUCAGCUUUUGGUGUACGAUGUCUCAUCUUUUCAUAAAUUUCAUUAUCGUCGGUUAUUGCAUUUUGGAGAUAGGCGAUUGGGGAUGGUCUAAAGUUAAAUGGACUAUCGAUAUGAAAAACUUUCCAAUCUCGCUUGGUGUAAUCGUAUUCAGUUACACCUCACAAAUCUUUCUACCAACGUUAGAAGGAAAUCUGAUAGAUCGUUCCAAGUUUAAUUGGAUGUUAAACUGGAGUCAUAUAGCUGCUGCUGCCUUUAAAUCUCUUUUUGGAUGGAUUUGCUUUUUGACUUUCCAGAAUGAUACACAACAGGUGAUCACAAACAAUCUUCAUUCACCUGGCUUUAAAGGUUUAGUCAAUUUUUGUCUGGUAGUUAAAGCUGUAUUGUCUUAUCCUUUGCCAUAUUAUGCUGCCUGUGAAUUACUUGAAAGAGCAUUUUUCAGAGGUCGACCUAAAACAAUCUUUCCUACGAUUUGGACGGUCGAUCGAGAACUUAAAGUUUGGGGUCUGGCAUGGAGAGUCGGUGUUAUUGUCUUCACCAUUCUCAUGGCUAUAUUCAUACCACAUUUCAGUAUUCUCAUGGGCUUCAUUGGCUCCUUCACUGGCACUAUGUUGUCGUUCAUAUGGCCUUGCUACUUUCAUCUUAAACUUAAAAGAAAUUCUAUGGAAUGGAGUGCUGUAGCGUAUGAUUGUUUUGUCAUCUUUUUAGGUAUACUAUUUGGGGUAAUUGGUGUUUAUGAUUCUGGCACCGCUUUGAUUGAUGCCUUUGAAAUUGGUUUACCCUUUUAAAUGAUUCAUAUAAUUCUUAUUGCUUUCAUUUUCUCAUUCAUCUCAUUCUGAGCUUGAGAAAUAUUGAAUCGCAAAUUUUCAUUUAUCCUAAUGGGACAACAAAAUGUAUAGUGUCUCUUUGAAAUCGAAAGAUAGAAAAAUUUUUAAGGAUAAACAAAUGCUCAUCGUAACAUCCAAUAAUUUUCUCAAUCACCUGAUUUCAUCCUUACUCUUCCAACGAUCUUCAAAAUGAUUAUAGUUCAUCGAAAUUUAACAAAUCAAGUGUCUUCCAUUUAAGAUCGCUUAGAGUUCUGUCAUAAUUAGAGAUAUUUUGAUGAUAUAUUGUAUAUUUAAAUUCAACCAGAACUGACAUAUCUAACAAUAUGCAAAAUACAAAUACAAAAAAAAAAGAGAGAAUGAAAAAACAUUUUACAGUUUCAGAAAUCUGAACUGUUCAUUGACCAUUGAAUUAAAAAAAAUAAAAUAAAAAAGAAAGAAAAAAAAAAGAAAAAAAAAGAAAAAAAA